UCUGAUUAGCGAGAGCGAACUCUGCCAGACGAAAGCUCCCUUGUGAUUCGCCGCCAGUCCCCACAGCCUCAGAGGCCUGGAAAAAGGAGGACUGCGAGAUGACCAGCACGGUGCUGGGCGUGGGGAACGGCGUGUUCAUCAUGGCCAUGAUGUGGGUGUCGGCCUUGGUGCUGUUCAUGCUGCUGUCCAGAUCCACGGGGGUAGCCAGGUUUGCCGGCUACGUCAUCCUUAUCGGGUCCCUGGUCGUCACCUUGAUCAUGGUGCUGCUGCCCCGUGAUGAUGAGCUCCCAGAAGUGGAGGAAGAAGCACAGAUAGUGGACGCGUUGUUCAUCUGCCGCUACAUCCUGCUGGCUCUCCUUAUGUCCAUCUUCCUCGGAAGCGUGUUCCUGCUUCUCGUCCAGCAUGUCCUGGAGCCCGUCUACAGCAAAUCCCUGCGCUCCCACUGAGCACGCAGCCCCCACGCUCUGCCCCCUGCCGCGUCCCCGGCGGCCAGCGCGCCAGCCCGGUGGCCUGCAGCCCCCAAGACGUGCCAGCAUCUUUCCAUCACAGAUCCCAGCCUCAGGACCUGGUUCCAGAAAUGCGCUGGGGGAAAAAAAAAAUUUUGCCCAGCACCACGCAGCGACUGGAAGGUGGAGGUCCUGUCCGGUGGUGACUGUCCUGGUCCCGGCCCGCAGGUCAGGGCCGCCCGGGAGGGAAGGACGCGGAGUCCAGGAGGCCUUUGUGACGGGUGGCAGGCGAGGCGUGAAUGUGGCAAAGGUGGGGUGCUGCUGAAACCGGGUCCUGAUCACAGAUACCAUUUGGCCAGACCCUCCCGGCCCCCUUGACAGACGAGUGUGUUCUCCCACUAGAUGGCGCUGCUCGUUGCAUCUCAGCGUCCCAUGUCCGUUUGUAACAGUGGAAGUAAACAUCAGUGUCAUGUGUUUCA